GUCAAGUCAGCUGCGUUGCCACACAGCGACAACGGCGCGAAAUAAAUAACUGAACUUUACCGACAGUGAACUCUCCAGAUGAAGGAGUAUCUCUUCCUCCUUUCUUCUUUUUGGCAGACCUUGAAGAGGAUCAUCCCUUCACUAUAGAGCUCUUACAGAGGACUGAACACUGCACAAGGGUCCCAGGGGAAGGGCCGGGAAAAACCCUUGUAUACCAACAGGAUGUCACGGUAGGUUACACUUAGGUAGGCGCAGAGGGAGAGAGAGAGAAGAACUGCAAAGGAGGAAGAUGGACCUCAGAGUAACCCAGAGAUAAAACUGCAGUUUUGAAUGACCUCACCUGGCUUGCAGAACCAUGUGGAGAUGCAGAGGGCUGAAUUAUUGAGACAAAAACAGCACCAAUGAGGACAAUAUCUCUUCUGUCUGUCUCUGCUUGGCAUCACCGCUCUGCCUCCGGGUCCAAGGUUGACAUAGACCCUGUUUAUCUGUCUGGAGCAACAAGCCAGCACUGGGACUGUCUCUCAUGUCAUCUCCGACAUGAUGCUCCUGAUGCUGACAGGGAUAUUGCUGCUGAUGAUGAUGAUAUCAAAUACUGGCCAGUCACAUAUCUGACUAUCCUGCAGCACAGACACAUAUUCCUCAGCUGUUAAAGCAGAGACAGAAGGAGCCGGUCAGUGUGGAAUCAAUGCCAAUGGCCCUGUUUAUCUGGAAGUGUACCGUCUGGACACCUGUGACCCUGGCUCUGUAGUCCUCGUGUAACCUUGUCGUUACAGAUGCAGUCACCUGCCACUCACCAGAGACUGAUGCCAGAAAGUUUCCACAGCUAUUUCCGCCCGCACUCCGGAGACGCUCGAGGAAUGGCUCAGACUCUGUGACUGGAUGUAAGCUCAGUGGAAUUUACUGUACUGCUGGGGACCAUGCAGGCAAUAGGAGGAAUCCAGCCUCAUCUUCAGCCUGGGAGACUGUAGUUUUGUUCUGAAGUUUGAUCAUCUGUCUGACAGAGCAAAAUCAUGGCCAGCAUGGCGGUUCAACUCCUUGGCUUCUUCUUGGGGCUGUUGGGGUUUGUAGGAGCUGUAGUUGCAACUCUGCUCCCCAACUGGCGCAGCACUGCCUAUGUGGGCUCCAACAUCAUCACAGCCACCGCCUACAUGAAAGGCCUGUGGAUGGAGUGUGUAUGGCACAGCACUGGCAUUUACCAAUGUGAGCUGUACAGAUCUCUGCUCGCACUGCCACGCGACCUGCAGGCUGCCCGGGCACUCAUGGUGCUCUCCUGCAUCACCUCAGUCCUGGCAUCUGUGGUUUCUGUGAUGGGGAUGAAAUGUACCCGCUUCGCCCGUGGCUCAUUGAUCAAGUCUCCCCUGGCGCUUAGUGGGGCGAUUUGUUUUCUCUGUGCUGGCCUGCUCUGCCUGGUCACCGUGUCCUGGACCACCAACGACGUCAUCAUGGAUUUCUACGACCCCUUCCUUCCCAGUGGGAUGAAGUAUGAGAUCGGCCUGGCCGUGUACCUCGGUUACGCAUCUGCCUGCCUCAGCCUGACCGGAGGUCUGGUGCUGUGCUGGAGCAGCAGUGGUGACAGGUCACAGAGGCCCCUCCAUGUGCAGCGGAAUCAACCAUCAUCGCCUCCACCUCCCUUCAGCAACAUAUAUCCUCCUGCUCCACUCUACAAGCCCCCCGAGGCCCUGAAGGAUAAUCGCGCUCCCUCCCUUUGCUCCCUUGCCAGCAGUGGCUAUAGGCUCAAUAACUACGUCUAAGACUGGGGGAAAUACUAACACAAUAACGGCAAAGCCACAUGGACUGUUUUGAACGAAAAAAAGACCAGUCAACUGAACACUUCUCCAACUUAUUUUUAAUAUCUUUACAGGUAUUUUUGUCUUCUCCAUACCCAUACAACAAGUUGAAAAAAUGGAAAAGGAAAGACCAGUAUGUUACAUCACCAUGACUGACCAAAAAUCAGAUGUCACAUUUGAGAGGCCACAGUGUGUGUGUGUGUGUGUGUGAGAGAGAGAGAGAGAGAGAGAGAGAGAGAGAGAGAACUGAGAACUGAAACCUGUUGACCUGCUGCUGUGUAGCUGAUGGACCAGCAGGUGGCAAUAUUUUACUGCAAAUAGCCACAGAAGAGACUAGCUAAAUCAGAUUCCCCAUUCUGUGCAGUAACACUCAUGUUAAUGGAUAAUCAAUUGUUCUGUCACUUCCUUGUUGUAACCUAUUUAAUAGUUGGGAUUAACUCUGUCUGAAAGCCGGUUCAAAUGUAACAGAUCUUGUUAAGGAAAUGGAUGAUAUUUUGUCUCAUUAUUCAGUAUUUUCAUGCCACAGAAAAUUAAAAAAAUGAAUAUCA